UUACUCCAUCUUGUGGAUGAAAAAGGUACCGCAAUGAAAACUGCCCCAAAACGUCUGCGGCAGGAAUUUGCACCACCUUGAUUCCGUAUUUGCGAAGCUCCCUGGUCCUGUGUUGUCCGCUCUUCUCAUUUCAUAAACCGCACAUUUUAUUUACAGUUGAGUUUGAAUUGCUACGGCGACGAUCGUAUUUAUUUUUUUCUUGCGCGCUCCCUGUGAUUUCGUCCAAUCAGCGCAACAAAAAUAAGACGCUGCAAUGUCAGCUGAGUCUGAAACGAGAUGGAAUGAAGGUCGAAGAUGUUUUAGAGCCACACUCGUGACCGACCGAUUCCUUUACGUGAAUGAAGCGACUUUCAGUUUCGAUUCUUCACAAGCACCGCUCGCUUGUCACAGUUUGUCACAGUGGAUCUCCGUUCACGAUGGCAGCAGCUCGCCCUUUGCUGUCCGCCGAUCAGUUCACCUGCUCGGUGUGUCUGGACGUUCUGAAGAAGCCCGUCACUAUUCCGUGUGGACACAACUACUGCCUGGACUGUAUUAAUGACUACUGGGACCAGUCCGACACCGUGGAGGUCUACCUCUGCCCUCAGUGCAGGCGAUCAUUUAACGUGAGACCCGAGCUUAACAGAAACACCGUACUGGCAGAAAUAAUAGAAAAACUGAAUGAAAUGCAAAGCGAUGUCGCUCCGUCUCAGAGUUACGCCGGACCUGACGAUGUCCCCUGUGAUGUUUGCCCGGGCAGAAAAUGGAGAGCCGUGAAGACCUGCCUGACCUGCAUGGCCUCUUACUGUGAAAGUCACCUGCAGCCACACAGAGAAUUCGAAGCUCUGAAGAAACACAAACUGGGGGACCCGACUGGAAACCUCGAGGAGAAAAUCUGCGAAAAACACCAGAGAGUCCUGGAAAUCUUCUGUAGGACCGACGAGACGUGCGUGUGCUUACUGUGUGUGGCGACCGAGCACAAGAGUCACGACACGGUGACACCUGAGGAGGAGAGAGCGGGGAGACAGAGUCAACUGGAUAAAGAAAAGAAAGGGCUGAGAAAGAGAAUCCAGGAGACAGAGAAGAGACUGGUGGAAAUCAAAGAGAGUGUAGUGAAGAUUCAGAAAUCUGCAAAGAAAGAGCUGCAGAAUCAUGAGGAUACCUUCAACUUCCUGACUCAAAUAAUUCAGUCCCUGAGGUCCAAGGUUACUGAGACAGUUAGAGAUCAUGAGCAGAAAGAGGUGAGAAAAGCUGAAGAGCUCAUGGAGCAACUGGAGAAGGAGAUUAAGAAACUGAAGAAGACCAGUGCCGAGUUGGCCCAGCUUUCCCAUACUGAUGACCACAUCCACUUCCUAAAGAAAUUUCCAUCCCUCUGUGUCCCUAUGAGUGACGGAGUCUCACCUAAACUCACGGCCAAUUCAGAUUUCCUUCCUGAGACUCUGAAGAAAGACCUGUCUGAGCUGCAGAGGCAUCUUCAGGAGAUGAGUGGCUGGGAAUUUGUGAAGAGCCGGCAGACAGAAGUAAAAACCCCAAGUUGCUUCCAGCAGAAUAUGAGUAGGAAUUCAUUUCUACAAUGUCCAGUUAUGAACUUUUCUCAAGUUACAAAAGAAAUGAAUCACUUCAACCACAAACUCUUGGAGACGGGCACUGAAGCUGUGCAGAAUUUUCCAGACACUGGCACUUUAAAAACUGAAGAUGGAGACUUGGACCCCGGCCAUGAACAUGGAGAUCCUGCCUACAUUAAAGAAGAAGAUACCCGAGGAGACACAGCUGAACGGUCAUACUGUGGUAUUGAGCAGGAAUCUGUAAUUGUUAAAGUGGAAGGGGAACUGUGUCUCAUUAAAGAAGAGGUCUCUGACAUGGAUUUAUCUUCUGUCCUUAAAAUGCAGAUGUUUGUUUCAGAAAGUGCUGAUGAAGGCAUAUUGACUGAAAUUGAGCUUAUGGAAAGCCGUCUGGAGGCAGCUCCUCAGAGAAGUCUGUAUGCCGCUCAGCAGGAAGGUGAGCCUAAAGGGAACAAUGGAAUUACCAAUGUACAGGGUGCGGGAAGACCUUCACACAGGCGGGCAAUCUACAACAGCACCAGAAAAUCCACACAGGGGAAAAGCCAUACCAGCGUACCGAAUGUGGGAAGACUUUUAGACAGGCUACCGGUCUAAAACAACACCAAGGAACACACAUACGAAAAACGGAGUACCAGUGUGCUCGAUGUGGGAAGACGUUCAGCCAGACUGUGGAUGCUCAGCCUCACAAUGGUAUACCCAGUUUCAGUGAAAGUAAGAAGAGCCAUGGAGAGGGAACUGUGCAGGAAAGCCCAUCCUUUGCCCAACAGGAGUGUGGGUAUGGAGGUGAAGACACAGAUAGUAAAAAUGUAGGAAGAAUGUCCAGUCCUAGCAAAAAUAUGGUCCAUGCUGUAGGAAGCCUGCAAAGUGAAGGCGAAAGCUCUAAGAACUUCAGCAAUCUACUGCAACUCACAUACCAAUGUGCUGAAUGUGUAAAGACUCCCACACAGACCACACAUCUUCAAGAAUAUCAGAAAAUUGACACAAGAGGAAAAAUAUUUCAAUGCAGUUAUUGCAGAAAGAGUUUUAAACACAACCCAAGCCUUAUACACCAUCGGUAAAUUCACACAGGAGAGAAACCGUACCAGUGCACCGAAUGUGAAAAGUCGUUCACGUGGCGGGCCACCCUUAGACCACCCUUAGACAUCACUUGAACCUGCACAGAGGAAUACAGGAGGAAGUUAACUGUCGAGGAAGAAAGUACCCAUGUACCGAAUGUGGAAAGAGCUUUAGGCAAAGUAUAGACCUCCGAAAUCAUCUGAGGAUUCAUACUGGAGAAAAACCCUAGUACUAUCGUCAAUGUGAAAAGAAUUUCAGAACCAGUACUGCUUUUCGACAGCAUCAGAUAAUUCAUAUGGGACAAAAACCGUACCAGUGCGCAGAAUGUAAACAGAUGUUCAUGCGGCGGGACCACCUUAGACAACAUAUGAGCAAACACGGGGGGACAGUCGAAGAAAAACUGUACCCUUGUGCCAUUUGUGCAAAGAGUUUCAGGCGAAAUGUACACCUUCAUCAUCAUCAGAGGAUUCAUACGGGAGAAGACACAUACCAGUGUGGUGGAUGCAGAAAGACGUUUCCCCAGAUUCAAAUUCUAAAACUCCACCAGAGUGUUCACACAAGAGAAAAACCCUACCAGUGUGCUGAAUGUGGAAAGACGUUUACCCUUUCUAAAAGUCUUAAAAAGCACCAGAGGAGUCACUUGAACCAAGGAAAGUUGAAAAGCAAUGGAGAAUGGUGGAACGGUUCUCGCGUGAUAUCUGAACGAAACUUGGACUCAUUAAGUAGUCCUUAUCGAUGGAAGUUAAUACACAAAAAAAUGAAUCAGGACAAGAAGAAAGCUGUAGACAACUGGGGAUUAAUUGAGGGUAUGGAGAUAAGCCUCAAGAAUCUAAGGGAGACAAUGUGAGGAGCAAAAAAGAUCUUCUGGAACUUGCAGUGUGAAAGAACCAACCUCGACACACAGAGAAAGGUUUGGGGCAGCCACCCGUAUAUUAUCCCAGGAUGCAACAGGGUUUCGAAAAUCGCACUGGUUUGCAUAGAUUGGAGUCCAAGAGCGAACUAAGGAUGAUGGAAGUUGACUGUUCUUUUGAGGCAGGGAACUGGAAGUGAUGUCAUCAGGGUCCAGAACCGGAGGUGAUGUCAUCAAGGUCCGGAACUAGAAGUGACCUCUUCACUGGGGCCAGAACUGGAGGUGACAUCAUCCUUGGGCCUAGAACCAGAAGUGCUGUUCUUAGGGCCAGAAAAGAGUGGUGUCGUUAGGGUUGAAUCAGGUAGAAGUUCCCAUAUUUGGUCUGCAGAAAUAACAGAGGAAGGUUUAGUGCACCCUGCCACCCCCUGGCCUGACGUGGAAUUCAAAGUCAAAGGAAACGCUGACUGGAGGGGGCAAAAACAGCCAUUACAGCAAAGGGGGGGCUGACAAGAUGGAAAU